AUGAGCGGUGGAAAUAGCCAAAAUGCUGAUCCCAUGUCCAACUCUCUGCUACCCGCAGCCAAAGUGGGAGCCCUGAGCGGAGUUGCUGGGUUGAUCUAUGGAGGGACUGCGGGGGUCAUCAAAUCCCCGAAUCCAUUGAUUCAUUCCCUAUCAUGCGGUAUUCACUGGUUCGCAUGCGGUUCAACCUUUUGGUGGAUGCGAAGCAACAUCAUCAAACAUCAUUACAAGGAUCAAGCCUCUCCGCAGGACCGAGCAUAUGUUAGUGCAUUGUGUGGCGGUCUAUCCGGCGGCACGGUAACAAGGUUAAUGGGUGGUCGACUUGUGCCUGGGUUGGUGAUUUUCUCGCUGCUCGGCUAUGGCGGCCAAAGUGCCUUCAACAGGGUUGAUGCCUGGCAAAUGGGAAGAGAUCCCACACCCAGCAAACCCUUGAUGCAACGGAUGGCCGAUUCCAAAUGGAUCCCCCUUCGGCAUCUGUCCGAUGAAGAAUACCGGGGCAUGUUAAAUGAGAAGCUGCUCAGCGUCGAGGCGGAGAUUGCACUCCUUGAUGAGAAGAUUGAAGAACUGGAGAGCACUCGCCCAGUACCCGAUCUUGCCGCCGAAUAA